UUCCUGGUGGGCUCCGACAGCUUCCUUUCCCCACCGUGUAACGCUGUUAUUGACGGUCUGCAGCCGAAUAUAUUCCCUGAACAAGUGUUUUUUUCUGAUACCGCGCUACUGUUGUGAAGAGUUUGCAGGUUGGAAUAAGUCAGAAGCAAAUACUUGAUGAACUGUAGACAUAUUUUGAGCGGCUCAGGUUCGCACUGGACUCGGGUUUGUGGAUCUCGUUACAUGAUGAGGUUGUUGCUGGUGCUGAUCGCCUGUGUUGCUGUAGGCCUCUCAUAUAACACUGAUUUAAUGAACUAUGGGGACACAUACAGGAUAGACCUGCCUAGCAAUGCUUAUAGCCUCGAGUACAGCCGCAGCUACAGCUCAAAGGCGACCGUCUUGUGGAAACGUGGUGAACCUCCAGACAGAGAAGACAAAAGGCGGAAGGUGAUUGACUCCUACUAUGUGAUAAGUAAUGUUACCCAAGAAGACAGUGGCCGCUACACACUAAGACGCGAGAAUGGUUUGACGCUGUCUAGGAACAGACUUGAAGUAGAAGCAUCAGAUGAGAGCUAUUUACGUGAGACUGGUCAAGAACUGAGGAUCAGCUUCAAUCUUGAACAGCACUCCUGCAACAUUUACUUCUUCCCAAAUGGAGACAGCCAGACUGACAUUGUUCGCAAUGGACGGCUUCAGCAGAGUUAUACUGACUGCACUGGGUUUACGCUUCUAAAGCCAUGUGGGAUUUUAAACGACUACCUCCAAGUGUCAUGUCGUGGAAUCUUCGAGAUCAGAGAUCAUAAUGACAAUAAGGCUUUGGUGGUUUCACUAGACAUCGAAUCUGACACUAUGGAGUCAUCGUCGUACAUUGGUAUAGGCGGUGGGAUUCUUAUUUCAGCACUUUGCACCUGCUGCCUGAGGUGCUGCUGCUGUAAAAAGAAAUCCUCACGCAAGGAAGGCACUGAGGCUGCUGCUGAUGAAGACAACAAUGAAAAUGACCCUGCUGUACAUUACCAUGAGUAUGACCACGACCCUGUUGGACAGAGGCAGAACCAACUCCAUGUGCCCUCUGGGACGCAAUACCCUGCUCAGCCUUCCAUUACCCCGGCUGCCCCGCUGAUACAUAAUCCUCCUACUGACAUAAUGCCACCUGCUUAUUCUGAGGUUGCAGUUUCUUCAGAGCCAGCAGAUGCUCCAACUGUCCCUCUUUAUUCUGACUCUGAGCCACGGUUUGAAGUGAAGGGGAUGAACUUCAACUCUGCUGCUCCUCUCAGUUCGGAUCCAACACGCUGUGAUGUUUACACCUCAGAUAAGCUCAACUUCCUCUGAUAGCCUUGAUCUUUGCAAAAUUCCCUCAAAGUUUCUAACAUAUUCAGCAGUGUGACUUUAAAGGGAUAGUUUGACAUUCUGGGAAAUAUACUUACUCAGCAGUAGCUGCCUGGAGUUGAUGCUGGUUGCCUGGCAACUGGUCCAACACAGAACCAUUGCUAAAUAGAUAUUUCUAUGCUUUAUGGUUUUGUGCAUUAAAUCAGUGGUUCUCAAAUUUUUUCUGUCAGGCCCCCCUUCAGAGGACAAACAACUUUCAUUCCCCCCCUAAUAACUUCGUGCGUGUGUGUCUAUAUAUAUAUAUAUA